UUCUAAAUGUUCCCCACCAUUUGUUUGAGUAGGCAACAUACAACUUUUUUUCUCGUAUUUUAACAACUUUAAAGUUUUAAUGCAGAAAAAAAAAUCAUUUUGGUCGUAAAAUGGCGUAAAAAUUAGCAUUUUUAAGAGGUAAAACAAUUGAAACCGUAGUCUUUUUUUUGUCUUUUUGUGGGGCAUUGACACACUGUGACCAGUGGGUGUCGCUGUUUCCCCGCUUAAUGCGCCCUCGCGCGCCCCUUUCUAGGGAAAGAAGGCGGGGGUUGAAACAACAGAAAGUUCAGCCUAAAUGUGACCCGCCUGCUGCCUGCUGGCAGCCCCGCUACUAUCCUGUGACAGCAGCAGCUGCUGCCGCAGAGCACAGAACCCCACGGCAACAUGAGCAGCUCCUGAGCGUCUGGCCUGCCACACGAGAAGUCCCCGCACGCGCGCCCCGCCGGACAUGUCCCCCCUGCAGGUCUCCGUCUACUGGCGCCUCUCCCUCAUUUUCUUCUUCACGUCGUUUCUUUUCUUUUUGGACAUUUUUACCGCCGCCAAAGCUGCUGAAACGUGUCGCCAUGACAACAGCACUGCCGCGUCCUUUCGCCAUCGCGGAACUUUGUCCCCGAAGGCGGACGUCAACCAAUCAGAAGGCGAGGAAGUUUUGGAGGAGGAUUCUGAUUGGUCCGCGGAGUCGGCGGAGGGAGACUCAGUGUGCAGCUGGACCGACUGGUUGUCUUAUGGUCAGUCUGCCUACAUGAUAGGCCUUUUGCUGGGAUCCCUGGUGGGCGGAGCAAUAUCAGACUGGUACGGGAAGCGUCCGGUGCUGCUGGUGUGUGUGUGCGUGCACGCUGUCUGCGGACUUGUCCCCGUCAUCCUUCCUCAGCCGCUCGUCUUCAUCGGCGUCCGCUGCCUGACCGGGAUUUCGUGCUGCUGCAUCAACAUCUGUGCCUUCAGCCUAGCCGUGGAGUGGACCCUUCCCGCUGCUCGGCUAUGGCCCCCCGCCGUCCUGCCGUUUUGCUUCAGCUUGGGGACAAUGGGCGGGGCCCCUCUGGCCUGGAUCAGCCCCAGCUGGACACACCUACACCUGACUCUGGCUCUGCCGCAGAUCGUGUGUCUGCCGCUCUUCUUCUCAAUACCAGAGUCUCCGCGCUGGUUGUUUCUACGAAAGAGGAUGGAAGUGCUGGAGCGUUACCGCGGCAACAGCCCUGCAGAUAAACAUUGCCUGGACCUGCUGCUGGACUCAGCCUGGUCAGACCUGCAGAAGGCUGUCGAGGUGGAGGAGGAGGUGCCUGUCAGUGCAGGCCACGCCCCCAACGACUUCACCCAAUUGAGGCAUCCGACGAUUCUGUUGCGGCUCUUCGUCAUGAGUUAUCUGAGUGCCGCAUCCGCCCUGACCUACUUUGGGAUUUGCAUGAACAUCGGCUCGUUCGGCGUCGGCGUUUACACCGCCCAGUUCUUCUCCGGUCUGUCGGAGGCCCCCUGCCUGCUGGUGCCGCUGGUUCGGUUGGGGCGCCGGCCGAUCAGCGUGCUGUCUCUGUUCCUGAGCGGCGCAGCCUGCUUUGUGUCCCUGCUGCUGUCCAGAUACCACUGUCCUCCAGUGUUGGUGAUGAGUCUGGCUCUGCUGGGAAAGCUCUGCAUCCUGGCUACCAUGUUCAUCUUCAUGCUGUACAGCAUCGAGCUGUUUCCCACUGUUGUCAGGCAACGCUGCAUAUCUCUGGUCAACCUGUCCUUCCGCCUCGGCUGUCUGGCCACCACGCUCGUGCCCCCGAGCCCCAGCGGCGCCAUCUCGCUGGCCGCCAUGAUCGUGUACAGCAGCGGGCCGAUCUUAGGCUGCUGUCUUUGCCUACUGCUGCCGGAGACCAGCGGCCUGCCGCUCCCAGACUCUCUGGACGACUGUCACAAGCAGCCUAAGUCACACCCGCUAAACCUUGGCGCCCUCUGGAGGUGGAGGACGCAGCCUCACCCCCCGCAGACAAAAGAGCGCCCCCUUCCUGACAAGAGCGAGAAGCACUCGACCACGCCUUUUAUUUGAGUUUUUGUUUGUCGCACUCAACUUAGUAGACCAAAGAGCCACAGGAACAACAAACGACAGUUUAUUUUCACAUGAUUUCAGUUUUUAUUGGGGGAUUGUUGUUAACAUUUUUGUCUUUUUAGGACUUUAUACUUUUUUUUACACUGUGUAAAUGAGCGAUCUUCAAUUUUAGAUUGUUCAAGCUGCACCUUCACCAAUCUACUUAAUUUAGAUCAAAUCUGGAAGCUGUCAAGUGUGAAAGCAGCCCCGCUGCGAGGCUGCAUGUUACAAAGGGAAGCUGACAAAGCUGUUUUUCAGAGAGUUUAGAGUGGGGUCAAGUCCGAAACCACAAGAAAACGGCGAGAUUGAUUCCAGAACGACUGUCACUUUGUAUCUUUAUAGUUUUUUUUUAUCAAAAGUAGCUCACAGAAGCAUUUUUUUUUUGUUGUUGUUGAGAAGUUAAACUGUUUUUUACUUGUGCAGUGGGUAAAAGGAUAUGUUGCCUCAUCAUACUAAAGCAACCUGAAAGACAAAAAAAAACUAAAUAGAAGGGAAAAAAAUGCAUUUUUACAUUCCGGUAUGGAAAAAAACUCUACAAAAGUGCAAUAAAAAACCUCUGAAUCAUGUAAUAUAUUGAUUAUAAAUUAUAAACCUCUUUUUUAACAUCAUUAUUUUUAAGGGUUAUGCAACAGGGCAGUUGGAGGCUGACUCCACUCUCAGUCCAGAUUUGAAAAAUUCAACAAAAAAAGGGGGCGGGCUGAGCGGGGGAGGUGUGGUUGGAUCUGUGAUUGGCUGUGAGGUUAGCUUGAAGUAACGUCUGGUCUUCCCUCUCCAGGGAGGCGCUCAUGGUCCAGAUCGAAGGGGACCCAUGUCUGCCUGAGUGGUAAAAUAACACUAGCAUCAUAAGCUAAUAAAGGCUAACGUAUUAAGCAAACAAUCCCCAGUGAAACGUUCAUUGCAAAUCCAUCACCAGGACAGAGUUGCCUAACUUCCAAGUCCACUGGAAAGUUGUGCAAGCCAGUAGAUUUUUGACAACUGAAGGAAAUAGUGUACUUUAAUUUAUUUACUUCAUUUUAACAGCACACAACACACACUUACAUGAUACUCUUGUCCGGUGAAAAUGAAAGACUUUUUGUUUCUGCCCCAUUUAACCAAAUCAAUCAAGCUUAACAACCAGAUCUAUCUCUUUGUUUUUUAAUGGUAAUAUGUCGACUGGUUAGAAAAAGCAACAACAGGAGACAAAUAAAAUCAGAAAACAAAAGUAAAAAAGAAAUGAGCAGCAAAAACAACAAGGAAACAAUAAAUAAUAUAUAUAAUUUUUUAUUACAGCUAUGCGCCAUGCUAAAGCUAACAUGAGUUAAGGCAGAGACAGCCUCACCAUGGCAAGAGGGAGACUGUCAAGCUUUUGGGUUUUACUUUUAUGUGCUGGUUUUAUGCGCCUCAGUUGUCUUACACUACUAGGUUUUGUUAUUUUAGUUUGGGGUUUGGUAGUCUUAAUUUGUGGGCUUUGUUUAUUUGUUUUCUUUAGGUAGUUUUGGUUAGCAGGGAGCUACUGAAGGUCUCCCUAACUUAUUGUAUUUUUGGCCAAGGUUCCAAUUUGUCUUUUUGUUUGAACCAGCACACUAAUUAUUACAUUUUGUCCUUUCACUUCAGGACACAGGAUUUUCUUUCUUUAAUAAACUAUGUUCCUUUUAUUCUUA